AUGAAGCGACAUCUAUCCGAUUGUUCAGGAAGCACAGCGAGCCCUUCCAAAAAGUCUCGUCUGGAGACCGCUGAAGAGGCUGUCAUCGACCUCACCGAGGAUGCUGACUACGACAGCGAUGCCACAGAGAUAGUCGAGACCGCUCGAGAGAAGGAGAAGCGAACAGAAAGUGGGAGGCCUCCAGCGCCGUCCAGACCUGUCCCGUACGUUGAUCCUCGUAUAAGUCUCACAAGAGUGGAGGCGUUGGGAUCUGCGCAGAAUGUGGGAUCCAAGACUCUUGGGAACGUUUUUGGCCUGAAAGACAUAGAAUGCAUGCUGCAGCUCAACUAUAUGGUCCAACUAACCUGGAUGAUGCGACACUUACCGGACCAAAGCAUCCCCAUCACUUUUGUUCAUGGCCUUCGACAAGCAAGCGCUCAAAUGCUGAGGGCAGAAGCAAGUCAAUUUCCGAACGUGAAGCUCGUGUCCCCAGAUCUGCCCAUUGCGUACGGCACACAUCAUACAAAAGCCAUGUUCAUCUUCUACAAGGAUGGCGACAUGCAGGUUAUCAUCCACACGGCCAACAUGAUACAACAGGAUUGGAAGAACAAAACGCAAGGCAUAUGGAGCAGCCCCGUGCUCAAGAAACGGACUGAUACCAGCAACGCAGAGAGCGCUUUCGGCACCGAUCUGAUAGAGUAUCUCCGCGCAUACGGGUCUUCAUUGCGUACGUGGUGCGACCGGCUCGAGGGGUAUGACUUUACGCCAUGCAAGGCCGUGAUCAUUGGAUCUGUUCCGGGGAGGCAUAGUGGGGUGAACUUGCGGAAGUGGGGGCACAUCAGGUUGCGAACGUGCUUACAGCAAGUCAAAAUACCGGAACAAUGUUGCAAGAAAUCGAUUCUGGUCGGACAGUUCUCAAGCAUCGGAUCUCUCGGCGUUACGGACGAUUGGCUCACGAAUGAUUUUGGAGUAUCUCUGUCAGCCGCUCGCAACCGGCAGGAGUGUUCCACGCCCAAUUUCAAGCUAGUGUUCCCCACUGUCGAGAACGUAAGAACGAGCUUCGAAGGCUGGGCCGCAGGGGGUUCGAUACCUUUCGAUUCCAAGAACUGGGUCAAGCAGGAGUCUUGGAUGCGGCCGCGGCUCAACGUUUGGGCAGCCCAGAAGCAAGGGAGAGCGAGAGCUAUGCCUCAUAUCAAGACCUUUGCUAGACUGGUUCCCGACACGGGUGAAAUAGCAUGGAUCUUACUCACAUCGUCCAACCUGAGUAAAGCAGCCUGGGGCUCAUUCGAGAAGAAGGGAGAACAGCUGAUGGUUGAAGAUUUCCAGAACGGCACAAUGAGAAACGUAUCAGCAUCCGAGCUGCCCUCUCUGUCAUUGACCGCCCAGCCAGCCGCGGGCACCACAGACUUCAUAGUCCCGAUACGCCUUCCCUAUGACCUUCCCCUGACACCGUACCGUAGCAACGAUGUAGCGUGGACGUGGGAUAGCAGGCAGAACGAGCCGGACUCGCUGGGGUAUAUCAAGGAUUGA